AUGGCUCAGUGGUUAGAGCUGGAAGUUACUGAUCAGAAGGUAUGUGGUUCGAACCCGAUAUAUGCUUCCCCACUUCUAUCUAGGCUUGCGCAACGUGACAGUAUCCCAGUCCUCGUGCCUUCUUCCUCAGGUUUUCAGGAUUUGAACAUUUCCAUCACUCGACUCGAUGAGCAGUUCGACAUAGACAGGCCACCGAUCGAGAACAGCUGCACCCUCCCAACCUUUCGGUUUCUGAUGCACUCAUCUAAUACAGAUCCCGUUUCAUUGAAGUGGUGGGAUACACACAAGGAAGAUUGUGGAGUUGAACAUAAAUUCGAGCGUCCCGUACUUGCCUUCGUCCUACAUUUUAUUGCCCGCACUUUCCCCCUCUGUAGAGCGAUGACGGUUGCUUUGGAAACCACCGACAUUCCGCGUACAGAGGUUGAAGAGCUAAUGGAGCCUUCAUCGGACACUUCAGAACCUCACCUAGACGGAAGUUCACAACCAAACACAGUGGAAUCAAUGCUGAAUCGACUCGCCACACAAGAAUAUGUCCACUUUCGUAAUCAAUCACGUGAUGAGGCUGAACUGAGUACGUCUGAGAAGCGCAAUAUCGCUAGCGACCUAUAUCGACGCAACCCAGGAGUGUUCCUCGAGCGCUUUGGUCGGCAUCUAAAUUGGGCAGAAGACAGUGUGAACUUCCGUCACAUGUGCUCCAAGGAUGACAUUGUCCGUCACUUCGUGAAACAGUUGGACUCCCAGUCGGAUAGAACUCAGUUCAAUCAACCUCUCCGCCUGGCUCAGCAUCAAGUCCGAAACCGUCGCCUCAACGCUCUUAAACGCCUGGAUCGUGAGGGCGGCACGGAGCACCUAUCCAUGGAGCACUUCAGCCAUCCUGCGAUGCGGCAUCGCGAUCCAGUAUUGUGGGAGACGAUGAUUGGAGCCCAUCUGAAUGAAGCAGGGCGCCGGAAAUACCUCGACCGGGAGUAUGGUACAUUUAGCGGCUUUCUUAUGGAUGUAGUGUUGCGCGAACAAGAGUCAAAAGACUGGCAGCGAGCCUGUCGAGAGCAGGAAUCCGACGCCACAUUUGAGGCUUCUUCAGACUCGGAUGAAAGUGACGGCUCUGUGACUCCGGAUGGAAGUGUAACUUUGGAAGGGUUGGAGAAAGAAUUUAUGGAAAUUAUGAGGCUUCGCUUCGUUAACGGGUUGGAUAAAGAUUUUGACUACAUGCUCAUGUUGGGCUCAUAUGAAUUCACUUGA